AUGCUCCAAAUGCACAAUCUCUUGAGCGAUGCACUGCGUGCAAGAUUGCCCCAGCUUUUUCCUGAUCUUGGAAGUAGUGUUGCCUCGUCCAUAGUUUAUAUUCGAAGGAUCUAUGUAGCUCAAGAUACAAUGACUCAAUAUGCGAUUUCGGAUCCUAUAAAGAAACUCCGAAUGUAUCGCGUGAGAGGUGGGAUUCAUGUUGGACAAGCUAUUCUGAAGGAGAUCGUGUACGUCGUUGAUGACUCUGGCAACCCACUAAUGAAGACGGACCCUAUUUUGCUUGCUGGAGACGACCUCUAA